CAUCGCGCACGCCGCGUUUGCCUCGGGCCUCUCGCACGAACACGCCACAGUUUCCCAGGGCAUCAUCAUCGAAGGUGGAGCAGCCGGCGGCGGACUGGCCAACUUGGAGCGCAUCCCCCUGUCCAUCCACCACGCCGCCGCCGACACCCCGCAGGGCUUGCUCGACCUCGCCGCACUGGGAACGCUGACCGACAGGAUGGCGCAGGGAAGCGCCGCAGCCGCCAGCAGCGCUGGGUGGCAACAUGCUGCCCAGAGGUUCACGCGGAACUUGCCCGCCCUCGUUCGAGAUCCCGCCGUCGCCGUCCUUGGGCAGGUGAUUCCAGAAUGCUACACGAAGCUUGUCUACAAUAUCGACCUUAGCUCCAAGUACUGUCUCCACCUCGCGCUAUCCAAGAGCUUGGGGUUGGGCAUCGUCGUCUUUGGAUCCAUCAUGAAGGUCCCCCAGAUCCUCAAGAUCGUCAACAGCAGAUCCGCAAGGGGGAUCAGCCUCAGCAUGUACAUCCUUGAGGUUCUCGCGUAUACCAUCAGUCUUGCGUACGCCUACCGCAGGCAGAUUCCCUUUAGCACCUACGGAGAGAACGCGAGCUUGACCGUGCAGAAUAUGGUCAUCACGCUGCUCAUCAUCGCAUACUCGCCCGUCAAAUCGCUUCCAGCGUCUUCCGCAUCAGCUACCAAAAGCAGGCGCUCGGCGGCGCUGCUGAUCGCCGCGACGCUCAUGGCGCUCCUAUCGCUCUUCCUCUUCACACCAUCCUUGUGUUCCAUUUCACUCCUCUCGCUGCUACAAGCGAUGACGAUCCCCAUCUCGCUCAUGUCCAAAGUGCCGCAGAUUCUCGAGCUGCAUCGGCGAAAAGCCCCCGGGCAGCUCAGCUCGAUCGUCGUCUUUGCGCAGCUGCUCGGUACCGUCGCGCGCGUCUUCACGACGCUCACCGAGACCGACGACGCGCUUCUCUUCUGGGGGUUUGCGCUCGCCACUGUAUUCAACGCCGUCAUUGCCGUGCAGCUUGUCAUGUACUGGAACGGCAACGACAAGCAUGCGCCCAUGCUCGGCGGCGAAAAGGACAACAGGAAGCUAGAUUAAAGGGAAUACAGGCGGCUCCACUUGCAAAGCAAAUGUAAUCUUUUUGUCGUCUUUGGUCGUCCAAAAU